AUGACGACCGAGGGCGACGCUAGGGUUUUGGGAGGCGGAGAGCAAGACGCUACUAUGGUUGAUUGUGAGGAGAAGGGGAGACCACCGGGCGAUCCCCCGGAUCGGUCAUGGGUACAGAAGGUGGUUGGUAGUGUUGGUGGAGGGUUACCAGUUCUGUGGAGGUCCAGAGGUUCUGACGGCUAUGAAUGGGAUGUGUACAAAGUGUAUGACUGUGAAGGUGUUAGGCAGACAUGUUUCUCUCCCGGUGUUGACUCGGAAGCUGAAAGAAUUAUUCGGUUUGAGAAGGAGGAGGAGUUUUUGGCAGCACUAACUGGUGGUCCGUGGCGGGUGUUUGGGAGUCACUUGACCGUCCAGGCUUGGGUUUGGAAGGCCGAUAAAGGUUUACCUCAGUACGUUGUGAGAGCGAGAUUCGCUCGAAUUUGUGUGGAAGUUGAUUUGACACGUCCACUUAAAGAAACAGUCAUGGUGAAUGAUGAAAGAUACUAUGUUGCGUAUGAAGGUUUAAUGAACAUAUGUUCGGGGUGUGGAAUGUACGGUCAUUUGGUGCAUGCGUGUCCACAUGGGGCUAAGGAUAAAUCGAUUGUUGACCCUCGGAGGAGGAAGGCGGUACCAUUGGCUAAUAAGGCUAUGAAUACGGUGGGUGAAGUGGAUAAAGGUGGUGUUAGCCACCGGCAAAGUUUGGGGAACGAGAAAGUGCCGGUUGUGACGAUAUCGAACAAUUUUGGUGACUUGGAGGUGGAUAUGGAAAGCGAAGGUCUAAGGCAAGAAGGAGAUAUUCGGGAGGAAAAUAAGGAGAAUGAGAUUAUUCCGAAUCAGAACAUUAAUGGGGAUGAUGGCGUGCAAGGAAAGUUAGUCGUGUUUGGCAUGACAGAAGCCACGAAGGCAAGUGGGCCGAGUGGAGGUUGUAAGGAGAUAAGGACUGGGCCGAACAAGAAUGUGGUGGGUAAUGGACUGAGGCCCAACUUGCCAAAAUUGGCAAAGCCGACACGGGGUUUGGUUUUUGGUCUGGUACGAGGUGAGUUACAAAUGUCCGUUAAAGGGAAACGACUGCGAAUGGAUAAGGGCACAGUUGGUCGACCUGGAGCGAUCUUUGAGACCCAUGCGGCGGGUGAUCGGGCAAGUCGGAUCUGUCACGGUUUGGGUUUCGAGAAUUCCUUUCGGGUUGAUGCAGCUAGGCAGAGUGGUGGUUUGUGGCUUCUUUGGAGAAAUGGAAUUGGGACUGUGGAUGUUGUACAUUUGACAAAACAGUUUAUUCAUGCUACGGUUGUGAAUGGGACGGAGAUGGUUAAUGUCAUUGUCGUCUAUGCUGUGCCAUCAGCAAGCCGACGAAGUGGGUUAUGGAUUAGUCUGAGCCACGUGAUCCGUGGAGCUAUGGUCUGGUGGUGA